GGCGCUGACGUCUGAUUGUUGCGCGGUCGCAUUUUUCCGGGGAGCGCGGGUUCGCAUUCCCAAUUUUAGGUGGCACUCACAACCCGCACUAUUCGGACAGAUGGCACAGAAACCGCUGCGCCUCUUGGCUUGUGGAGAUGUUGAAGGAAAGUUUGAUAUUUUAUUCAAUAGAGUUCAAGCAAUUCAGAAGAAAAGUGGAAACUUUGAUCUGCUGUUGUGUGUAGGAAAUUUCUUUGGCUCCACCCCAGAUGCUGAAUGGGAGGAGUAUAAGACUGGCACCAAGAAAGCUCCUAUUCAGACAUACGUGCUUGGUGCUAAUAACCAGGAAACAGUAAAAUAUUUCCAGGAUGCUGAUGGAUGUGAAUUAGCUGAAAACAUUACUUAUCUGGGUCGUAAAGGUAUCUUCACUGGAAGCUCGGGGCUGCAGAUUGUGUACCUCAGUGGGACAGAAUCCUUAAAUGAGCCAGUACCAGGUUAUAGUUUUAGUCCCAAGGAUGUGUCUUCUCUGAGAACGAUGCUGUGUACAACCUCCCAGUUUAAGGGUGUUGAUAUCUUGCUCACAUCCCCAUGGCCCAAGUAUGUGGGGAACUUUGGGAAUUCUUCUGGAGAAGUGGAUACCAAAAAAUGUGGUUCUGCUUUGGUUUCCAGUCUUGCCACGGGCUUGAAACCAAGAUAUCAUUUUGCUGCUUUGGAAAAGACUUAUUAUGAGAGGCUUCCAUAUCGAAACCAUAUUGUUCUACAGGAAAAUGCACAGCAUGCCACCCGGUUUAUAGCUCUGGCAAAUGUUGGAAAUCCAGAAAAGAAAAAGUAUCUUUACGCAUUCAGUAUUGUUCCCAUGAAGCUAAUGGAUGCAGCAGAACUGGUAAAACAGCCUCCGGAUGUCACCGAAAACCCUUACAGAAAAUCUGGGCAGGAAGCAUCCACAGGAAAGCAAAUUCUUGCCCCUGUGGAAGAAUCAGCCUGUCAGUUUUUCUUUGAUUUAAAUGAAAAGCAGGGAAGGAAGCGUUCAUCCACAGGUAGAGAUAGCAAAUCUUCUCCUCAUCCAAAGCAGCCUCGCAAACCUCCUCAGCCUCCAGGACCCUGCUGGUUUUGCCUUGCUAGCCCUGAAGUGGAAAAGCAUUUGGUGGUCAACAUCGGCACACAUUGCUACCUUGCCCUGGCCAAAGGAGGCUUAUCUGAUGACCAUGUCCUCAUCCUGCCCAUUGGACACUACCAGUCAGUGGUGGAGCUUUCAGCAGAGGUGGUAGAAGAGGUGGAGAAGUAUAAGGCCACACUGAGACGGUUCUUUAAGAGUCGAGGGAAACGGUGUGUUGUAUUUGAGAGAAAUUAUAAGAGCCAUCACCUCCAGCUACAGGUCAUUCCUGUCCCAGUCAGCUGCUGUGCUACUGAUGACAUUAAAGAUGCCUUCAUUACCCAGGCACAGGAGCAGCAGAUAGAGCUGUUGGAAAUCCCAGAGCACUCUGACAUCAAGCAGAUUGCACAGCCAGGAGCAGCAUAUUUUUAUGUUGAACUUGACACAGGAGAAAAGCUUUUCCACAGAAUUAAAAAGAAUUUUCCUUUGCAGUUUGGAAGGGAGGUCCUGGCCAGUGAAGCCAUCCUUAAUGUUCCUGAUAAGUCUGACUGGAGGCAGUGUCAGAUCAGCAAGGAAGACGAGGAGACCCUGGCUCGCUGCUUCCGGAAAGACUUUGAGCCCUAUGACUUUACUCUGGAUGACUAAACAAAGGGAAGAACUUUUUAUGAACUCCAUAGGAAGUAGUAAAGCCUUUUUUUUUUUUUUUUUAAUUAAAAAUUUUUUUCGAGACAAGGACUUGCUGUGUCACCCAAGCAGGAUUGCAGUGGCACAAUUGUGGCUCACUGUAGCCUCAACCUCCUGGGCUCUAGAGUUCCUCCCACCUCAGCCUCAUGAGUAGCUGGGACCACAGGUGCAUGCUACCAUGCCUGGUAAUGGUAUUUUUUAUAGAGAUGGCGGGGGUCUCCCUGUGUUGCCCAGGCUGGUCUGUAAUGCCUAGGCUCAAGGGAUCCUCUGCCUUGGCUUCUUAACCGGCUGGGAUUACAAGCAUGAGCCACCAUUCCUGGCCUAGAAGCCUAUUUUUAAAGAAACUACAAUCUCCCAUGGGGACUGUUUCCCUGCCUCUUUUGUGCAGUCCCAUGGAACUUGCCUGCAGCAAGAGGCCUAAGAUUUAAUCUUUUUGGGGAAAAGUCAUUCUAGGAUGAAAAUCCUAUGUUAAGGCCGGGCGCAGUGGCUCACGCCUGUAAUCCCAGCACUUCGGGAGGCUGAGGCAGGCGGAUCACGAGGUCAAGAGAUGAGACCAUCCUGGCCAACAUGGUGAAACCCUGUCUCUGCUAAAAAUACAAAAAUUAGCUGGGUGUGGUGGCACGCACCUGUAGUCCCAGCUACUCGGGAGGCGGAGGCAGGACAAUCACUUGAACCUGGGAGGUGGAGGUUGCAGUGAGCCAAGGUGGCGCCACUGAACUCCAGCCUGGCGACAGAGCAAGACUCCAUCUCAAAAAAAAAAAAAAAAAAAAGAAAAUCCUAUGUUAAAAGCAUGUCGCCGGGCGCAGUGGCUCACGCCUGUAAUCCCAGCACUUUGGGAGGCCGAGGCAGGUGGAUCACCUGAGGUCAGGAGUUUGAGACCAGCCUGGCCAACAUGGUGAAACCCCGUCUUUACUAAACCUACAAAAAUUAGCUGGGCGUGGUGCCAGGCGCUUGUAAUCCCAGCUACUCGGGAGGCUGAGGCAGAAGAAUCGCUUGAACCUGGGAGGUGGAGGUUGCAGUGAGCCAAGAUCGCUCCAUUGCAUCCCAGCCUGGGUGACAGUGAAACUCCAUCUCAAAAAUAAAAUAAAAGAAUAAAAGUAUGUCUGUCAUCCAGCUCCAAGUACAGCUUGUGUAUAUCAACAUUUUCAAAAACCUUUAAACUACCAAAUGAAAUCCAGAUGUUUUUCCAUGGUUGC